AUGACUACAGCCCAUAGACCUACCUUUGAUCCGGCCCGUGGCAAGGACGCCCUCCGCGGCCCGGCCUACCACCAGCGCCUCCUCCCCGCGCACACGCAGCUCAAGUACCGCCGCGCCGGCCAGGGCGGCGCCGCCGACGACGGCGACGACGACGACAGCUCGCACGACCUGGCCACCCAGCUCCUCGCCGCCGAGGCGGCCCACUUCGCCAAGAAGAAGGGCACCGGCGCGCCGCUGGCCAUCGAGGACGGCGAGAAGACGGCGGCCGGCGACGCCGCUGCGAAGAGGUCGCUGCCUGCGAGCGGCGAGGCCGAGGAGGAGGACAUGCAUGCGAAGCGGCGGCGGAUAUUAGAGGAGACGAGGGACAUUGACGCCGACGACAGCGACGAGGAAGAGGACGACGACGAUGACAGCGACGACAGCGACGAUGAGGACGCGGAGCUGCAGCGGGAGUUGGAGCGCGUGCGGCGGGAGCGCGAGGAGAAGAAGAAGCAAGAGGAACUCGCGCGCGUAAAGGAGGAGGAGGAUGCGCGGGAACGCAAUAUUGCGCUGGGCAACCCGCUGCUCAACAAGCAGGACUUUACGAUGAAGAGGCGCUGGGACGACGACGUCGUCUUCAAGAACCAGGCGCGCGGGACGGAGGACAAGGGCAAGAACAAGGGGUUUGUGAAUGAUGCGCUGCGCUCGGACUUCCAUAGACGAUUCAUGAGCAAAUACGUUAGAUGA